CAUGGUAUGGCAAGUAUUUUGCUUUAUUUCUUUUUUUACUAGAAAUAUUUCUGGACAAUUACAAUACUCAAUACCUGAGGAACUAAAGAAAGGAUCUGUAGUUGGGAAUGUUGCAAAGGAUCUUGGGCUGAAUGUAAAGGAACUCACAAUCAGAAAGUUCCAGGUCAUUGCUCAGCAAAAAAAACAGUAUUUCAAUGUGAAUUUGGAGACAGGUGACUUAUUUGUGUCUGAAAUCAUUGACAGAGAAGCAUUAUGUGGGGCUAAACAGAGCUGUAUUUUGAACCUUGAAGCUGUCAUAGAAAAACCUUUGAAUUUGUAUACAGUUACUAUUGAAAUUCAGGAUGUGAAUGACAAUGCUCCUAUAUUUUCUAAGAAAUAUUUUUAUAUCGAAAUUAGUGAACUUAUCUUACCUGGGGUACGGUUUGCACUAGGCAUUGCUAAAGAUCCAGACAUAGGCACCAAUUCUGUUCAAACGUAUACACUUACAAGUUCUGAGUUCUUCAGCCUUGGGGAGAAACAUACUAAUGAUGGAAUUAUGUACCCAGAAAUUAUACUAGAAAAGUCACUUGACAGGGAAAGGCAAAGUUUCUAUGAAUUCGUUUUGACUGCUUUUGAUGGUGGACAACCACCAAAGUCUGGUUCAGUCAUAGUUAAAAUUGACGUUCAAGAUGUUAACGAUAAUUAUCCAGUAUUUUCCCAGGACAAAUAUCACAUACGAUUACAUGAAAAUGCACCUUUUGAUUUUGUACUGAUUAGUUUAAAUGCAACUGACAAAGAUGAAGGAUAUAAUUCCAAAAUCACCUAUGCAUUUAGCCAAAUUUCUGAAAAUGCCCAGCAAAUCUUUGUUAUAGAUCCUCUGAAUGGGGAUAUUAAAAUAUCUGGAAAUUUGGACUAUGAAACAUCAGAAAGUUAUGAAAUGACUGUAGAAGCUAAAGAUGGAGGUGGACAUGUCACUCACUGCAACAUAUUAAUUCAAGUGAUUGAUAUAAAUGAUAAUGCCCCAGAAAUAACAGUCACUUCCCUCUCAUCAACAAUUCCAGAGGAUUCACCUCCAGGUACAGUCAUAGCGUUAAUCAAAAUUCAGGAUUUGGAUUCCGGAAUGAAUGGUGAAGUUACUUGUCAGAGCUCUAACACACUGUCCUUUAAACUAAUACCAACUUCUAGUAGUUAUUAUAAACUUGUCACUACAGCAAGCAUGGAUCGAGAAUUCAAUUCCAUUUACAACAUUACAGUUCAGUGUGUGGAUAAUGGAUCACCUCCUUUGACAAGCAAUAAAUCUAUACCGUUGGCUAUUUCAGAUGUGAAUGACAAUCCUCCUGUUUUUGAGAAAAUGCAAUACAUUUUCUAUAUUUCAGAAAACAAUCAACCAGGAACCUCGAUACUCAAUGUCCGUGCUGUAGAUCGUGACUGUGAUGAAAAUGGAAAAAUCACUUACAACAUUUUAAGCAGUAACAUAGAAGAAAUUCCAGUAUCUUCAUACAUGUCCAUAAACUCAAUGACUGGAAUUCUUUAUGCUCAGAGAUCUUUUGAUUAUGAACAGUUACGAGAAUUUCAGUUCCAAGUGAUGGCCAAAGAUAGUGGAACUCCUGCUCUAAGCAGUAAUGUCACAGUAAGGGUUUGCAUUAUUGACAAAAAUGAUAAUAGUCCUAAAAUCCUUUAUCCAUCUCAGGAAAAUGAAGAAUCAGGAUUAUUUGAAUUUAUUCCUCACACUGCCGAGAAAGGUUAUCUAGUGACCAAGGUGAUUGCGGUGGAUGCUGACUCUGGACACAAUGCCUGGCUCUCCUAUCAUUUCUUACAAGUUUCUGAACCUUCUCUGUUUGUUAUUGGCCAGCAGACAGGUGAAAUCAGAAUAGGACGAGACCUUCCAGACAAAGAUUCUUUCAGACAAAAGGUUGUGAUUCUCGUAAAGGACAAUGGUGUUCCAUGUCUGUCUUCUACAGUCACAUUGAAUUUAGUUAUGGCUGAAAGCUUUCAACAAGUUGUGCCCGAGAUAAAAAGAAAACCGAAUACAUCACAGACCUCAUCAAAUGUAUCUUAUAUCCUUGUAAUAGCUAUAGCUCUGAUAUCUAUGCUAUUUAUUCUAACAGUGGUGACUACAAUAAUUUUUAAAUGUAAAAAAGCAAGCUCCCAAACUGAUUUAGGAGUAUAUAACAGAAAUGUGUACCCUCAGUUCACACUGGGUUGUCCUUCUGAGAUAAGUGACACAAGUCUACCUUUUCCUUUCUCCUAUGAUGUGUGUGUGACUCUUCUGGAUGAUAAAACCCAAUGA